AUGCUUAUAGCGGCAUUCCUCCUUGCUAUGUCCGCGCCAGCCGCAUGCCGUGCUUUGCCCAUGCAGUAUCGGCAUCCAGCGCCGCUCGCCCGUGACUCGCUCGCUCACGGUUCGCGAUCUGACCGCGCCUUUUGUGCUACGACUGCCGCAUCACGCUCUGUCGCUUCCAAUCCACAAUCCAAUUUGACUGCUCCGGAGUACCUCAAACUUUCUUCUGCAAACAGUCUUUGCCUGAUGACGUCACUCUUCAGUACACAUACGAACUGCUCCCGCAGAUUUUCUUCCGAAUUCCCACCAAAUUCACACGGUUUCGAGAGUUUCUUUAUUUCGGUUUAA